AUGGUAUGUACCAUAUCCAGCACUGAUGCCCUGUUGGAUGCAACUCUACAAAGGUUCUGGGAGAUCGAGACGAUUCCGAACCAAUCCGUUCAUUCCAGCACGGAGAAAGCCUGCGAAGAGCUCUAUGCAGCAACAACAACUCGUGACUCUACCGGGCGAUAUGUAGUUCGCCUGCCCAAAACGGACAAUCCGGACGUCUUCUUGGGAAAUUCGGAAUCCAUUGCCGAACGCCGAUUCCUCAGCUUAGAACGCCGUCUCGAGCGUGACCCCAGCAUGAAAUCAUCCUAUCAUCAAUUCAUGGAGGAGUAUGAGCGUCUCGGUCACAUGAUACAUCUGAACGAACCCGUGGACAACUCGAUUACACACUGUUAUCUCCCGCAUCAUCCCGUAUUCAAGCUAUCGAGUACCACCACGAAGACGAGAGUCGUGUUUGAUGCAGCGUGCAAGACAGCAUCGGGAUAUUCCUUGAAUGACCUCCUACUUGUCGGACCUGUCGUUCAAGACGAUUUGUUGUCACUCAUCAUGCGCUUUUGUUUCUACCCCAUUGCCCAGAACGGUGACGUCGAGAAGAUGUACCGUCAGAUGCUUCUCCACAAGGCAGACCGACCGUACCAGUGGAUCAAAUGGCGUACUGAUGCAUCCCAACCGAUAGCUACCUACGAGUUGCAAACCGUGACCUACGGCACUGCUUCUGCCCCAUAUUUGGCCACAAAAACUCUCCAAAAAUUGGCGAGUGAUGCGGCCCACUUAUUUCCUUCCGCUGCGAAACCAGUAGCCAACGAUUUUUACGUAGACGACUUUCUGUCAGGUGCCGAUGAUGUCGAGUCAGCCAUCCGAAUUCGAGGUGAAGUAUCAGCGAUGCUUGGUUCUGCUGGAAUCCCGAUGAAGAAGUGGGCUUCGAAUUCCGUCGAAGUUCUUGAAGACAUUCCACCCGAAGAACGAUCAAUCCAGCCGUGGCACGAUUUGCAAGGUCCUCAAUCCGUCAGCUCUCUCGGUCUAAUCUGGGAGCCUAUAACCGAUAUCUUUCGUUUCAAGGUACAGUUGCCGCUGCCAGCUGCUGUACUCACCAAACGUAGAAUCAUGUCCUACGUGGCCCAAAUUUUCGACCCAUUGGGACUAGUUGGUCCAGCCGUUACGAAAGCGAAGCUGUUCAUGCAGUGCCUGUGGACACUGAAAUCCUCCGGCAACGAACGCUACGAUUGGGACCAACCAUUACCUCCAAAGCUACAGCAAGAGUGGAAAGAGUUCCACAGUACCAUUGACCUUCUUCGAGAAGUUCGAAUUCCACGUUUUGCUUCCAUCGCCGGGGCCGUCAGCAUCGAACUUCAUUUCUUCGCUAAUGCUUCAGACAAGGCUAACGGCACGUGUUGCUAUGUUCGUGCGCAAUCUGCCCAGGAAGUAUCCGUGAAACUGUUGGUCUCCAAGUCUAAAGUUUCACCCCUAGCAGUACGUCAUACUAUAGCUCGAUUAGAGUUAUGCGCAGCUCAUCUUUCCAUGCAGCUGUACAAAGUCGCUUCGUCAUUGAGAGUUGUUCCACAUGCCUUCUUCUGGUCGGACUCCACCACCGUGAUACAGUGGCUUUGA